GUUGAGAAAAUCCCGCCCCGUCAAUCCUUCCCAUUUCACACUUUCAGAUCGAGACAUUUACUUAGAAAAAAUUUCAAAAACGCAGCAGCAGGCCCUCGGCGUCUUUGUCGCCACCUUGCUGCCGUUAGCUUGCCGACGUCUUCGCCGGAACUCCAUUACCAAAACUUCGAGUUCAACUUCAACCUUGCUGUCAAGCUCAUAGGGACCCUGAUCAAUCAAGCUAUUAUGGUCAUAUCAGCCCUUGUGUUGUAAACAGUAGCAAUAUAGAUGAAAGAACUCAAAACCAUCCAAGACCUCCAUAACGGCAUUAGCAAUGGCAGCUGCGAAGGCCAGCAGCACAUUUCCCUUUCUGACUUUAAUCUGAUACCGUCCCCACAUGAUGGCGAUUUGCUGGACCAGAUUCUGUCUCCCAUCCCUUCCUCUUCUUCUUGGAAUGACCUCUCCCUAUCUCACCGCCUCUGGGAAUCCUCCCCUCACUCCCUCUCCCCGCUCCCCCUCUCAAGUCUAAGCUCAGGUGUUGGCGACCAGUCAUAUUGCUUCGACGACCCAUCAUCGACUCAUUUGGCUUCAAAGCUCCAGGACUAUCAUACCAACAGCAUUGACGGAAACCUCCUCGCCUCAAAUUCUGCAACUGCAAUUAUGCUUCAGCAGCAGUUGCUCUCUAGAGGACUUACCAGUGCUGAAUUUGGGUCUUCGACCGGAGCUGCUGGGAGUUUUGGCAUCCUCGGUGGUCAAUUGAGCUUUACCCAGGAUGCUCAAAAUGAUGGAAAUUCAUUACUGAGGAAUACUAGCGAAUAUGAAGCGGCUUUAUACCACGGAUUGUCUGGAACUCUCACUCAACUACCGCCUCAGCUUCAUCAUAUUCAUCACUCUCCGAUGAACAAUAAUCCACAACCGUAUCAGAAUUACGGAGCACCGCCUGUGGCACCGUUCAACCAAGCGCUAACCUCCGCACCGACGGGAGAAGGAGCACUGCCAGCCCCGCCAAAACAGCCGCGAGUGAGGGCUCGUAGAGGACAAGCCACCGAUCCUCACAGCAUCGCUGAGAGAUUACGGAGAGAGAGAAUCGCAGAUGGAAUGAAGUCCCUGCAGGAGCUGGUUCCCAAUGCUAAUAAGACUGACAAGGCUUCAAUGCUGGACGAGAUCAUCGACUAUGUUAAAUUUCUCCAGCUCCAAGUCAAAGUUCUGAGUGUGAGCAGAUUGGGUGGUGCUCCAACUGUUGCUCCCCUACUUGCCCUUAUGUCUUCGGAGGGGGCAAGCGAAUGCAUACAAGGAGGUGUAGGCAGCAAAGGAACACCUACUCCCAAAAGGGCACCGUCCUCCACCUCCUGUAGCGGCGGCGACACCAUGAGAUUGACGGAGCAGCAGGUGGCGAAGCUAAUGGAGGACGACAUGGGCACCGCCAUGCAAUACCUCCAAGGCAAAGGCCUCUGCCUCAUGCCCAUUUCAUUUGCCGCUGCCAUUUCCGCCUCCGCCGCGAAUAAUCCCAUCGCCGCCGCCAGUUCACACGGCGGCGGUCCCUUUUCUCCAACCAUGCCGGGGAUGGCGGCGGCUGGUAACGACGCAGUUGAUGAGGACCCCUCUUCCGUAAAAGAGACCGCUCCCGCCCUACACCAGCUUAAAGAAGAAAAGUGAUUGUAUUGCUCUUUUUGGUAAGGAAGAAUUCACGUUAUUGCCCUCAAAAUUGUCUGAUUUUACCCAAUUGCUCUCAUGCUCCGGCAUUCAAUAAGGGUAAGGGUAGUAAUUAAAUAUGAUACUCAGUCCUAAUAAUGUAAAAUCGUGCAAUUUUGAGAGUAUGGAUUUUUCUUUUAAUUUGAGUCUACAUAAGAGCUCUGAUUGUUACCGCUCUGAUCCAAAUGCUAAAUUAAUGAUUGGAGAUUUG